AGCAACAGCUUGCAUUUGCAAAAACAGUUCUGCGUACAACUACAAUCACAAGCGAGUUGAUAUAAAGGAAAUUAUAUUUUUCGUGUUUGUGAAAGACUGACAGAAAGUAUGGGUGUUCCAGCAUUUUUCAGGUGGCUGAGUAAAAAAUAUCCGUCGAUUGUUGUGCACUGCUUGGAAGAAAAGGCAAAAGAAGUUGACGAAGUGAGGAUUCCAGUCGAUACUACGCAGCCUAACCCCAAUGAUGUAGAGUUUGACAACCUCUACCUGGACAUGAAUGGAAUCAUUCAUCCAUGUUGUCAUCCAGAGAAUAAACCUGCGCCAAAGGAUGAAGAUGAGAUGAUGCGUGAGAUCUUCUUGUACAUUGAUCGCCUGAUCAGCAUAGUGCGCCCUCGCAGGUUGCUUUACAUGGCCAUCGAUGGAGUAGCUCCUCGUGCCAAGAUGAACCAGCAGCGUUCACGUCGAUUCAGAGCUUCAAAAGAGAGCAGAGAUAAAAGGCAAGAUAUAGCAAGGAUACGAGCUGAGAUUGCAGACCGUGGGGGAUACCUCCCUCCUCCUAAGGCCAAAGAAAGCCACUUUGAUAGCAACUGCAUCACCCCUGGUACAGAGUUUAUGUUUCGUCUUGCUGACUGCUUGCGUUAUUACAUCACUGAGAGAUUGAACAGUGAUCCUGGCUGGAAAGACAUCAAGGUGAUCCUUUCUGAUGCUAACACACCAGGAGAAGGUGAACACAAGAUCAUGGACUACAUCAGAAAGCAAAGAGCCAAUCCAGACCAUGACCCAAACACUCACCAUUGUAUGUGUGGUGCUGAUGCUGAUCUGAUUAUGUUGGGUCUUGCUACCCAUGAGGUGAAUUUCACCAUUAUCCGUGAGGAGUUCAAACCAAAUCAGAGAAGAGCUUGUGAGCUGUGCAACCAAGAAGGCCAUGAAAUGAAGGAAUGCCAGGGGCUUCCCAAAGAAAGAGCAAACGAGCUGGACACGAUACCUGUACCACAAGGAGCUGAAACAGAGUUCAUAUUCCUCAGACUCAACAUCCUCAAAGAGUAUCUGGAGAAAGAGCUGUGGAUGACAGGGUUACCUUUCACCUUUGACCUAGAGAGAGCCAUUGAUGACUGGGUUUUUAUGUGUUUCUUUGUGGGUAACGACUUCUUGCCUCAUCUGCCUUCACUUGAAAUCAGGGAAGGGGCGAUUGACAGGCUGAUACGACUUUACAAGAAGGCUGUCUACAAGACAAAGGGCUACUUGACCGAGAAUGGAGUGGUGAACCUAGAACGUGUCCAGCUGAUGAUGACCGACCUGGGUGAAGCAGAAGAUGAGAUCUUCAAGAAGAGGAGAACCACUGAGCUGGGCUUCAGACAGAGAAACAAGGAGAGGAACAAGAGGCAGCGAUCAUCAAACGCACCAGCUUUUGUACCAGGAGGUGUGCUUGCUCCUACACCUAUCACUGGUGGACCAUCAUCUAGCUCAGCUCAGCAGAUCUUAGACCAGCGUAGGGAUGCUAGGACGUCAUCAAGGGAUAAUGCUAACCAGAGUGCAGCUGAUGCAAUGAGAGCUUCUUUCAAAGGAGGAGAGCAGAGAGGCACUAAGAGGGGCCGGGGUGAGGAGGAGGAUGAAGACAAGGAUGAUACUGUCAGGUUAUGGGAAGAUGGCUGGAAGGAGCGUUACUAUCGAAACAAGUUUGAUGUUCCUUCCUCUGACCAUGAUUUCCGUGCAAAAGUGGUUGCGUGCUAUGUCGAGGGUCUCUGCUGGGUGCUUCGGUACUACUAUCAAGGGUGUGCCUCAUGGAAGUGGUACUUCCCUUAUCACUACGCCCCAUUCGCUUCUGACUUCCUGGAUAUCAAAGACCUCCCUAAUGACUUUGAGAAAGGAACGGAGCCUUUCCAUCCCCUGGAGCAACUGAUGAGUGUAUUCCCUGCAGCCAGUGGUAACUUCCUUCCAGAUUCAUGGAGGGAAAAGAUGGUGGAUAUCGAUUCACCCAUCAUUGACUUAUAUCCAGACGACUUCCAGAUUGAUCUCAAUGGAAAGAAGUAUGCAUGGCAAGGUGUAGCAUUACUGCCAUUUGUGGAUGAACACCGGCUCCUGACAACUCUUGCAGGGGUCUAUGACAAUCUCACACCGAUAGAGAAGAAGAGAAACAGCAAUGGUCCCGAUCGUUUGUUUGUGGGAAAGCAUCACCCUCUCUAUAACUUCAUCAGAGAGCUGUAUGAGACGAACAGUCUUGAACAGGCUGAGCCUGAUACUGAUAUGUGCCCCUCACUUGCCCAUGGAGUAAGAGGAAAGAUUGGCAAUGAUGAGUUUGUUACUCUGCCUGGAAGACCUCACAAGUCACCAGUACCUCUACUGAGAGACAUUCCAGAGAGCUAUGUGUUAGGUGUGACAUUCCGUGACCCAAGCUACCCAGCAGAUUUCAUAUUUGAGGCUAAGAGAUUACCUGGAGCCAAGGUACCAGAUAAAGUCCUGAAGCCAGAGGACUUCUUGAAUGCCAAUGGGUACAGAGGUGGGCGUGGGGGUGGACGGGGGUACCGUGGUGGAGGACGUGGUGGAGGGCGUGGCUUCGGUGGUGGUGGCGGCGGCGGUGGAUACAGACCUCAGCUGGGCUUCCAGAGAAACAGCGGGUACAGAGAUGGAGUAGAUACCAGCGCUGCUCAGAGGAUGAUCAGGCAUGGAUUUGACACAAGUUAUGUUCCAACAAGGGACCAGGAUGUCCAAGAGUACUAUGGUGCUAUCCAGCUCUUCAACCAAUGGAAAAACCAGCAUGUACAAGGGGGUGCAGUCCUGUACCCCUCCUUAGCACCCCAAGGUGCACCUGUGAACCCGUACAGUGCAUCCAAGCCCCUCCCCCAGCUCCUGCAAGGUGCUGUGCCUUGUUCCAGCCAGUCCCACUUCCUCCCUAGCGCUUAUGCCAUGCCAGCGUGCCUAAGCCAACCCCAAGCAAGUUUGUCAAGACAUGGUGCAAAUCAGGGAAGGAAUGAUCAGUCUAUCUUGGGCCCUGCUCCCCCAGCACACCACGGAGGAGGAGGAGGAGGAGGAUAUGGAGGAGGGUACAACCAGAGGCAAGGAGGAUAUGGACAAGGAGGAUACAAUCAAGGAGGACAAUCUUAUAACAGAAAUCAACAGUCCAACCUAGGAUGGAACCGCAACCAGCAAUCGCAGGGUCAGGCCUACCACCAGAACCAGCCCCGCUCCCAUAGCUAUGGGGCACAUAAUAACCAAGGUUAUGGUGGUUAUAACCAGCAGCAGCAGGGCUAUGGGGGACAGAGUCAGCAACGACAAGGAGGAGGAGGAGGAAAUAGCUAUGGCAACAGAGACAACAGGAAUCAAGGAUGGCAGGGUGGAAACCAGGGAGGAGGAGGAUACCCCAAGCCUCCUGGCCACUCCCAGAGGAGAUACUAAGAUGCCAUCCCGUUGAUACCGAUACAGCAGAAGCAUCACCAUUAGUGUCCCAUCAUCAUCAUCAUCUAGCUUCUGAGAGAGAGAGGGAUGAGUUUCUCUAAAUUUCCUCUAUCAACAAUACAUGUAUUUCGAAUGUACCUUUUAACUGCCAUGUUGUGACAUCUUCUAAGAACGAAAUGGCUUAUAGCGGAAGGCAUAGGUCAGGACAAUGUGGCACACUCAUUUUAACCAAAAGAAAAACAAAUAUUUCUGCUACCAUCAUGACAGCUCCAAAAUAUUGAAGAAAACUUUGCUUGAUUUUUUAUUUUUUCGUAGCAGUCUGUUAUGCCUGUCCUUUCUGUCAGUGAGAGAUUGAUGCUGAUUGGGAAGAUAGGAAUCAGUGAGGAGUUGUAAUUUGAAACAUACAGUUUUUUUAGAUGUUGUUUCUUUAAUUUCUUUUUAAUGACUGAACAGCCAUGUGAACCAUAUGUACCUGUCAGACUUUCCAGAAAAGGACUUUUGUGAAAUAGGAUGCGUUUGUGCAAACUGAUGGAGGAAAAAUUGUCUUGGUCUCUGAUCAACUUAUAUUGGUUGAGAUAGUGCUGCCAACAACAAAGAUGACCAUAUAUUUUUUGAGUAAUGGGUAUUAAUGCUCAGAUUGUGGUGUGAGAGAAGAAAUGUUACUUUUGAUACAUGUGCAGUUUAGGAUCACUAUUGCUGUGAUUAAUUUUCAUGGUUCAAAAUUCUCAAAUGGCAUCACAAUCUUCUUGGGUGAAUAAAGCUGCUCAAUGUUUAUUCAGAUUUUGUUUUAUUCAUGUCUGAAGAUGCACAUUAGAAGAAUGGUAUAUUUAUAUUGUGCUUUAUGUCAUCCCUCUAUUUCAAGUCACUCAUGAAUCACAUUUUCUUUUUAGCAACUAAGAAUGGAUUUUAACAAAAAAUGUCACCCGGUCUCACUUGAUAUCAAAAUGAAGAUGAGCACAUUUACUUUCAGGGUUUAAAAGAAAAUCAUGGAUUACAUGACAAUGUGUCAAUUCCCUAUAUAAGCUAGUUAUUACUUAAUGUAAAGUCACUAUUGAAACUUAUUUAUUAAUGUGAUCCUAACUGCUUGAAAAGUCAGAUGAUGUUGACAUUAAUGUGUACUACAUGUAUUUUUUUUUAAUAUGUAAGGUUCGUCUAUUUCUGCAGACAUGUACCUAUCUACUUCUUACAGGAUAAAUCAACAUUGACAUGGACAUUUAAAAUUAAUUCAUGUGCAGUCUUAAUAAUAAUAAGUAUUAUUAAAAUGUUUCAAAGACUAAUUGAUGGAGAAAGUACAUCAAUUGGUUUAGUAUCUUACUGUCAAUUAUUUUAAUCUCAUCAAUCUCUUUUUACAUUGCUGAAAUAGCUCUUUGUUGUGAUAGAUUCUUUUCAAUGAUGAUCCCUAAAUGAGUGAUGUGCCAGGGAUUUGUACCAUGUACCUUGUGGUUCACAGUUGAGAGGUUUGUCCACUGGACCACAGCACCUCUUUGUGCAAAUCACAAGUUGUUUUCACAGCUAUAUGCUGAACAUGCCUAGAAACACAUGAAAAUAUGGGAGAGGAUUGUAAUACAAUUUGUAGAAGAAAUCACAUUCCAAAUCUUUUUAAAUGGUUUUGUACUCAUUUUAUUUUAAUGUCCUUCACAAUCAGGCUACAUAAUUUAAUAUAUAUCAUGCUCUCAUAUUUUCAUACACAUUGAGGUUAUUCAAAUACGUGUUUUUUUCUGUUACAGGAAAAAACAAAACAUAAUGUCAAUGAUGUAUUAAAGGAAGCCUUUGAAUUUGUAAAAGGAAUCACAAAGAUUUCCGUUGCAGGAAAUUUGAAAUGUAGUCUGAAGUUAUUAAAUAUGUACCACAAGGUAAAACCCUUGUCUAUUUGCCUUUCCCCAUCUUUAGUUCCUAUAUUUCUUGUUGAUCUUUAUUAUCUGAAUUCUAUCGGGAAUAGAGCAAUUAAUCCUUUUUAAUAUUCAAAAGAGCCAUAACAAUUUAUCAGAACCAAAAUGUGAAACUAGAAAUCAAAAUUAUUGUCAUUUAAUAUUUUGUUGGGUGCUAGUAAAUUUUUAUUUUCAUAAUUUCCAUUUACCAGAUGGUUAGAAGAUAAAUGAAUGAAAUGAUUAAUGAGAUCUUUCUGAACAGUGCCAAUAUUCUACUCUUAUCUAUAGUAGUAAAGUUCACACAUGAUGUUUAAAAUAUGGAUACAUAACUUCAAGAGUGAUGCAAUGUGCCAUGUAAAGGUUUUUUUUAAAUAAUGUAUGAAAAAUAACCCUUGUUUUGAUAAUCCCCACUUGAAUACAUUUGCCAAUUAACAGAAUUUUUUUUCUUCCUUAAAUCAUUUUUUUUUUAAAUCUGGGCUCAGACUAUAGUAUUUACUUUGAUGUUGCAGGGACAAAAUAUCACAUCUAAAAUUUAAGUAUGGGUCUUUUUCAUUACAGCCAUAUUUAAUCUUUCAGGUUGCAUCAACUCUUGGGAGAAAACUAGACAAUUGAGCACGUAAUCAUUAAAAAAAAACACACGUUGUGUAGCAUGUUGUUCAUAGUAAGGAUUUUGAAUGUGUAAAUAUUAAGAGAAUGCAAUGAUUGUCUACAAACAGAAAUGUUUGUUACACAAACAGAAAAAGACUUGUAAAUUAAAAUGUUUGAAUUGGUGAAAAAAA